UCCACACCCCCUGGGCAGUCUCAGGCACUCUCUGGCAGUCUCAGGCUCUCAGGGUGCAGUCAGUCUCUGCUAUUCAGAGACAUCACAAUGGACCCAGCAGCUCCCGCCACCCGCAUGACCUCCUCCUUCACCAUCAACAUCUCCACGCCUUCGUUCUACAACCAGCCCAAGAAGUUUGCCCCCGUGGUGCCCCCCAAGCCCAAGGUGAACCCCUUCAGGGCCCCGGAAGAAGCAGAGCCCAAGAACGCCUCGGCGGGGUCCCUGGAAGGCCCCGGCAUCAAGGCUUUCUUAGGAAAAGUUGGAGAGAUCCCGCCCGCGGUGCCAUCUAGUGGAGAGCAGGAAGAAUUUAUCCUGCCGCCUCCCCCUCCCCACGAUGACUCCAUCUUGAGCCCAGGGUCUUUUCCACCUCCUCCACCUUCCUUCAGUGAUGAUGUUCUUGGCUCCCCCACGUCUAGUUUCCCCCCUCCUCCGCCUCCUGAGUUUGCUGAACCCUUCCCGCCCCCCGCGGAGGAAUCCUUCCCAUCACCGCCCCCGCUGGAGGAAGCCAGUGAUAUUCAGGUUCUACCACCACCUCCUCCGGCUCCACCUAUUCAACUAGUAGCUGCACCAAAACCUGCUGCACCAGUUCCUUCCAAGCCCGCUCCCCCAUCAACAUUUUCUCCAAAAGCUCCCCCUACAUUUUCCCCCAAGCCCGUUGGCCCUUCAACUUUCAGCCCUAAGCCCGCCGCUCCUGCACCAGUUGCUCCAAAGCCUGCUUCUCCAUUUGUUCCAAAAGUCUCUGCUCCUCACGCAUAUUCUCCUUUACCACCUGCCCCUAUCCCUCCGCCAGCUCAGACCUUCUCCCCAAAGCCAAGCAUGCCAUCGUUUUCUCCAAAACCAACUCCACCUCACACCUUUGCUCCGAAGCCUUCUGCUCCACACACUUUCUCUCCCCGGCCAGCAGAGCCAAGUUCAGAGGCCUCGCGACCACCAGAGCAAAAGUUUCCACCGCUGCAGCCUGCGGUGUCUGAACCUCCAACAUCCUCCUUACCAUCAUCUGUACGGUCACCAGGAUUCAACUAUGCACAUCAACGAGAAAGGCCUCAAGUGCUUGAAAAAGCCAGACCGGAUGAAAAUAUCAGGGUUCCAGUCCCGCAGAUGGAGUUCAGCAGAAAUUUUGUGCCACCAGAGAGUGUUAAAAGCGGAGUGAUAAAAGCCAAUGGGACCUCUGUCCCUAAAACGCAACCGGAAUAUUUUCAGUCGCCAAGGCCGCAGUCAGAUGGCGUGCAAACCAGAGGACCUCAGCCAAGCCUGCAAAGACCUUCUGAGCCAAAUCGGACUGCUGGCGCCACUACCCUAAACAUGAAGGAAGUGGAAGAGCUGGAAAUGCUGACUCAGCAGUUAAUGCAGGAGAUGGACAAACAGCCCACAGGAGAAGGACACGUCAUGGAUCUCUGCGGAUUCUGCGGUAAGGGUCUUUCUCGGACAGAGACGGUGGUGCGAGCCGGAGAACACCUAUACCAUGUACAUUGCUUCACAUGCUCCAAGUGUGAGCAGCAGCUCCAAGGUCAGCAGUACUACGAGAACAAGGGACGUCCACUCUGCGAGGACUGCUACCAGGACACAUUGGAAUGUUGCGCAGUGUGCCAAAAGAGGAUUACUGAACGUUUGCUGAAGGCCAUGGGCAAGGCCUACCACCCAGAAUGCUUCACCUGUGCCGUGUGCCACCGUCCUCUGCAGGGCGAGCCUUUUAUAGUGGACCAGAACAACCUGCCACAUUGCGUUGCAGAUUAUCACCGGCGAUAUGCCCCUCGCUGUUCAGUUUGUGGGGAUCCGAUUGCCCCUGAGCCUGGCCGAGAUGAGACGGUGCGGGUUGUGGCUCUGGAGAAGAACUUCCAUAUGAUGUGUUACAAGUGUGAGGAAUGUAAUUGCUCUCUCUCUGUCGAUGCUGAUGACUCUGGCUGUUUCCCAUUGGAUGGCCAUGUUUUGUGCAAGAAGUGCCACAUAGUGCGUGCACGUGCUGUUCACUGAUGCCAGCCUCGCAGCCACCUCCUACUACAAGUACUAGCCUUGUCCACCAAAGACUCUUGGACCUUCUUCCUGGCCACACCCGUCCAUGCUGCUGCUUCUACUGUAGUUCAGUGUUAUGGAUAUUAACCAGUUUACAGCUUCUGCCGAAACUGAUAGUUAACUGCUGGUCAGCCGUCACUUAGCUGCUAACCACUAGUUAGUAAAUCUUUGCUUUUAGCCUGCCAGAAAGAAAAAAAAAAAAAAUGUUGUCUAUGUCUUGGUUCUAACAUAUUCUCUAUAUCAUUUUUUUCCCCCUGUGUUUCUGAACUUUUUUUCAUCUCAUGAUUUGAGUGAGACUAUCAAUGGACAGGUUUUUGUUUUUAACCUGCAAUUUCUUUUAGUUUAUCCUAAUUUUGUUUUUGUAUUUUACUCCUACGUUUUUUAGAAGGCCUCUUGAGACCAUUGAAUUGCAAUGUGCUCUUCCUUUAAUUCUUUAGAUUCCAAACUUAUUUUUUUGUUUUCACAAGUUAAUUUCUCACUAACCCAUUUAUAUGUGUUACUGAUUGUUUGCACAUGAUUUUUAUAACCAAAAUUUGAUUUGAUGUGACAAAAAGAAGUACAAUAUCUGUUCUGCCAAAACAGAUUCUCAUGAUUAAUGGUUCCAAGCCAAUGAAAGUGUACAGAGACUGUAAUAUGGAACAAAAAACACCCUCUGAAAUACUUUGAAAUGUGUCAAAACUUCAGAAGUAUAUAGGACCAUAUUUUUUUAAUAGUGACCUUUUUUUUUCCUUUUUUACGAUAAACUAUCAUACUUAAAAAUAAAAAAAUAAAAAACAUGAAAAGGAACUGUGGCUUGCUCAUUUAAGUCUUCACUUUAGUAUUCUUUUGUAGGCUCUGUUGUAAGGGAUUGAUUAUGGUUUAUUGAUAAGAGAAAAAUGGAUGAUUGCUGGAAGUGAAUAUUAAGUAGACUCAUUUUAAAAA